AAGUAAUGUUUAUUUCCACUCCAUUCCUGUAGCAAUCAUGGGACUCCAGCAUAUUUUUCUCAUUCAGUUAAUAUAUACCGCGUGUAUUGUAACUUACAUUCGAACCAAAUCUUGUGAUCAAAGAGAAUUUGUGGGAAUUGAGGAUGGAAGAGUGCUGCAGGCAGCCAGAUCUGUUUUAGAUAGAUUUAAGCAACGUCACUCCGCCGGCCACCUAGGACCGAACGUACAGAAUCUCGUUAUUUCGUCACUUAUCAAAGGCAGGCCAAAAGCUACAUCAUUCCCUAAAUCAGUUAAUUAUAGACUUAUUUUUUGUGCUGUGCCUGUGUUGGCGUGCCAGCAAAGACCUACGCCUAGGUGUCCUCUAACUCACGUUUGCUCAGCCUUCAUUGAUGAAAGUAGAGGACUCAGAAUACUUGAAGACGAUUGUUACCCUGAUGUCGAAGAUCGCCAUUCAAAUGACAUGCGUAUGGGUUGAUUGAAUAAUUUAUUUUGCAACAUUACA